AUGCCUUUUGUCCCACGAGGGAAGACUACUCCCAUGGGGAAAAAGGGUCAAAUUAUUGCCCUGUUCUCACUUACAGGAGUACGAAGAAUGACACUAUCUCAGAUAUCAGCGAAUUCGCAGGUGAAUCUAUCUACCUGCUGGAAGAUAAUCAAUGAGGCGAGGAGGAGAUCACAAGAGAAUGGAAUUGCGGAUCUCUGUGCAGAUGAAAACAUUUUACCCAAACCUAAUGCCGAUAGAGGGUGCAAUGCAGUGGUUACUGCCGAGGAAAAACAGGCCUUGAUUACUCUCACUUUAUCGGGUUAUACCCAUUGUCAAAUGUCCUAUGCUGAGCUAGCACGAGCAGCUGGUUUAGAUAUCAGUAUUCAAACUGUUAGAAAAAUACUGGCUGAGGACGGAAUACACAGACGGAAACCUACAGAAAAACCCUUCCUAAAGGACGAGAACAAAGCGACGCGUCUUGAAUUCUGUCAUCGCUAUCGAGAUCAGGAUUGGAGGGUAGUUGUUUUUACAGAUGAGUCUUAUUUUGAGACUGGUGAUCUACGAAGGAGGCACACAAAGGGUGUUCUACGACGCGUUGGGGAAGCGUACAUUUCUCGGAAUAUCAAUCGCAAAUUCGGUACUGGAGCAACUAUUAUGUUCUGGGGAGCUAUUCUCUAUGACCAUAAUGGUAAUCAACUCCCGUAUCAUCUGUAUAAAACACCUUACGAAACAUCAGAGGAACGAAAGCGGGCGGAUCUACAACUACAGGAGGAAUAUGAGCAAGAAUUGAGAGAAGAGGCAUUUCAUUUGGCCAACGGCGACUGGUUAGCUCAAGACCCUGAGCUAAAAGUACCAGCAGCCCUUGUGACUGCAACACCUUUCGAGAACCAUGGAAGCUCCACAACAGCUCCCACCGUCACUAUAAAAAAUGGUACCAUCGCAGGCAACUACCUACCCUCCUUUGGCAUUGAUGAAUUCUUCAGCAUCCCUUUCGCCGCGCCUCCUGUUGGUAACCUCCGUUUCAGACAUCCCCAGCCUCCGAGCAAAUGGAACGGGACGCUCGAUGCCACGGAACAUGGGCCAUCAUGCCCCGGCUUUGGACCGUUUUCCGAAGGACGGUCGUUAGAUGAGGACUGCUUGACCUUAGAUGUUGUCAGGCCGUCUGGCGGGGGAAAGGGAUUGCCAGUUAUGGUCUGGAUUUAUGGAGGAGGGUUCUCGGGAGGAGCGUCAGCGGACCCAAGAUAUAAUCUAUCGUAUAUCGUUAAUGCGAGUGUGGCCAUCAAAAAACCUGUUAUUGCCAUUGGUAUCAAUUACCGGCUGAUAGGUUUUGGGUUUUUGGCUGGACAGGAUGUUUUCAAUUCUGGAAACUCGAAUGCUGGCUUGUUUGAUCAACGACAGGCACUAAGAUGGAUUAGAGAAAAUGUGGGGGCUUUUGGUGGAGAUAAAGAUAAGGUUACCAUUUGGGGCGAGUCAGCGGGGGCGCAUUCGGUAGGGUACCAUCUACUUGCAAAUAAUGGAGAUAAUGAGGGGCUGUUUCGGGCAGCAAUCCUGCAGAGUGGAUCGUCAUUGGGACCCACUUUGAAUUCAUUGGGGCACUUUGAUGAGAUAUAUAAAUCUGUUGUAGAUGUACUUGGUUGUACAGAUACCUCCGAUCGUCUCCAGUGCCUACGGGAAGCCCCUUACGAGCAAUUAUUUGAUGCACUACAGCAACAAUUAUACACGUGGACACCAGUAGUUGAUGGUGAUUUUAUUCCGGGAUGGCCGUCAGAUCGUAUUGCAGCUGGAGAGUUUGCGAAUGUGACUCUUUUGAUUGGUGCAAACACUGAUGAGGGAACUGCAACGUUCUAUGGCCCUAGAAAUAUCAUUAAUACCACAGAGGACCUUAGAAACUAUCUUUUGAAUGGGUCACUCCCGGCCACAACUCCUUCUUCGGUGGAAAGACUCCUGGAAUUGUAUCCAGACGACCCCGUUCUCGGAUGUCCCUUUAAUACUGGGUCUGAGAGAUUCGCGGACCAAGGAUACCAGUAUAAAAGAUCAGCUGCUAUAGUUGGGGAUUACGCCGUGGAUGCGGGUAGGAGACAAACAUGCGAGGCUUUCGCGAACAGAGGGAACAAAGUUUAUUCGUACAGGUUUGACCAAUCACCAUGGAAUGGUAAAUUGAAAGACAUCACAGAGGUGGCUCCCGUGUAUUCAACCCAUUAUGCGGAGAUCGGCUUUGUCUUUAACAAUCCUAGUACAACCAUAUCGACAUAUGUGGGGCCAGAUCCGGCGGUGAAUGCAUUAUCGCGCUUGAUCUCGAGGAGUUGGAUAAGUUUUGCUCAUGAUCUAGACCCAAACAACCAUGGAAUUGAAGGUGCCACAAAAUGGCCUGAAUAUAAUUAUUCGGCGUCGAAUAUAGUUUUUAAUUCGAAUAGAACUUAUGUGGAGAAGGAUGAUUAUAGAAAAGAACAACUAAAGUUUUGGGGAACGAUCUGGCAUGAGGUGGGAUGCUGA